AACACGGUUUAAGGUUAUAGACAAGUUACAAGCCAACAAGGACAAAGUGAUGGUUAUGCACCCUGCUUUCAUGCAUUAUGUGCACAAUGCGUGGCUGCACAUUAAGUCUCGAAGAUCUUAUCCAUCUACGGGUUUUCUUGUGCUAAUAUUCGCCAUGCACAUUUGUGAUGAGGUAAAUGUGUUUGGCUUUGGUGCGAACAGUAAAGGCACCUGGCACCACUAUUUCGAAAAAACACCCAAGUCUUUCAAACGCACUGGUAAACACAGUGGCGGGAUUGAGUGUGAAACCAUCUUAGAACUUCACAAAAGGAGGCUGAUUGAUCUAUACACGGGGUGGUGA